AUGGACAAAGAUUUGGGGUCAGAGUCCAAUCUUCCACCUGGAUCAAUUGAUAAGUCCAGGGUUUUGGAUUUGAAGCCGUUGAGAUGUCUUGUCCCGGUAUUCCCAACCGCACCUGGUAUGUCAUCUAUCUCAAGUCCCCAGCCAGCACCCUUUGUGUGUGUUCCACCGACUGGUCCUUUCCCAUGUGGGGUCCAACCAUUUUACCCAUUCGUGGUUCCAAGUUCUUCUCAACACACCACAUCAAGUGUCCCCGACCAAGCAGGGAAAUUCGGUUGUGGGACCCAUAGACAGUCUCCUGUUCCACUGAAUUCCUUUAGAACUCUGAUAAACCCAGCGAAAGGUCGAAUGAAGCAAUCUAAUAGGACUGCUACUUAUGCAUCAGGAAGCGUAUCUGUAGAAGAUGGGUAUACUGAUUCUCAGAAUCAGAGUGAUGUGGAGAAUGCCAGCAAUUCAGGGAAACGAAAUGGCCGGCCAAGGAAGAAAAGAGACAGCAAUGGAGACAACGUUGUUGAGACGAUAGUUAAUAACCUUAUCACUUCAUUUAAGCUUAACGAAUUGGAUGAUUUUAGAAGAACCAGUGGCGACAAGGAGGUAGCUGGUACGAUACUCUUGGUAUUUGAUUUGGUCAGGAGAAGGCUUACUCAAAUUGAAGAAGCAUCUCCUGUGAUUUCUAAACAUCCGAACCUGACGGCUGGUACAGUUUUGAUGGCCAAAGGUGUUAGGACAAAUAGCACAAAGAGGAUCGGGCAUGUACCUGGAGUUGAAGUGGGCGAUAUUUUCUUCUUUAGAAUGGAGCUAUGUAUAGUGGGGUUACAUGCUCCAAUUAUGGCUGGGAUAGAUUAUAUGGGUGCCAAACUUACCAUGAAUGAAGAACCUUUGGCCGUCAGCAUUGUCUCAUCUGGAGGAUAUGAUGAUCAGGGCGGCGAUGGAAAUGUGUUGAUUUACACUGGCCAGGGCGGAGUGCAGAGGAAAGACGGGCAAGUGUUUGAUCAGAAACUUGAAAGAGGGAAUCUUGCUUUGGAGAAGAGUCUGCAUAAGGCCAGUGAGAUAAGAGUCAUACGGGGUGUAAAGGAUGUUAGCUGUUCGAAUGGGAAGAUCUAUGUUUAUGACGGCCUUUACAAAAUUGAGGAGUCAUGGAUAGAAAAAAAUAAGUCAGGAUGUAAUGUUUUCAAGUACAAAUUGAUUAGAAAACCCGGGCAACCUGAAGCAUUUACGUUGUGGAAAUCAAUUCAGCAAUGGAAGUAUGGAAACGCCUCAAGGAGUGGGUUCAUCCUUCCUGAUAUAACAUCAGGUGCAGAGAGUCUGCCGGUCUCUCUUGUGAAUGAAGUUGAUGAUGAAAAUGGACCUGCUUACUUCAGAUACAGUCCUAUACUCAAGCACUCGAAGCCAUUUUCUGCUCCUAAGCCUUUUUCAGGCUGUCAUUGCCUGAAUGGAUGUCAACCAGGCAGUAGUAGCUGCCCUUGCAGCCAGAGAAAUGGGGGAUAUCUCCCUUAUACAUCAGUCAGUGUCCUAAUGUCUUACAGCUCCUUGAUACAUGAGUGUGGCCCUACCUGUGCGUGUCCUCCUAACUGCAGGAACCGAAUAUCUCAAGCUGGUCUGAAGGUACGUCUGGAAGUUUUUAAAACGAAGAAUAGAGGAUGGGGACUUAGGUCCUGGGAUCCCAUUCGGGCAGGUGGAUUUAUUUGUGAGUAUGCAGGGGAUGUCGUUGAUGCAUCUAGGAUAGGUGAUUUCGGGAAUGAAAACGAAGAUAAUUAUAUUUUUGAUUCGACUCGCAACUAUAAACCAUUGGGAUCUGUACAUGAUGAUUCUAAUGGUUCUUUAAAAGUCCCAUUUCCCCUCAUUAUAAUUGCAAAAAAUAAUGGCAAUGUAGCUCGUUUCAUGAACCAUAGUUGUUCGCCAAAUGUGUGUUGGCAGCCAGUUUUACUUGAAAGUAAUAGCAAUGCACACGUCCAUGUUGCUUUUUUCGCCAUCAGACAUAUUCCUCCAAUGCAAGAGUUAACAUAUGAUUAUGGGAUGGUUUCAUCUGAGAAAGGAAUCCAUGGAAGAAAAAAGUGCUCUUGUGGAUCGGUGAAAUGCAGAGGCCACUUCUAUUGA